GGUGUGGAGUUUUCUCUCUCUAGCUCAAACAAAAGGCUCCCUUGCUUUCUCUCUCUACACUCUUAAGUAAAAGGACUUGAAUAAAACACCCCCUCUUCUCUCUCUAGGCUAGAGCUGAGCUAUUGCUUCAGUUCCAGACUACCACACAGGUCUUUACUGGAGUUUGGAAUGAUAAGAGCUUAAAAAAAAUUCGGAUUAAUUGGCGAAGAUGGAGACAACAAUAGAUGCCCACGCACUGCUUGAUCAAGUUGAAUUACAUAUUAUACCGAGUCAAAAUAGGUAUGAUGCAUGUGUGUGCUCUGGUAGCAAGAUAGAGAAAGUAACAUCAGGAAUUUUGGAGCAUCUGUUAUUGCAUUCAGCUGAAAUCAAAGCUUUGCAUUCAAAAGGAUCCAGUGCCAAGUAUAAACUCAGCCGACCAGAAAAUUCACACGACAUCAAAUGGUUUACAAAGUCGACAUUGAUAAGGUUUCUCCGUAUAAUUGGUUCAGCAAAUAUACUGGACGUUACCAGUUCCUUGAAAAAUGAGAUAUCUCAGCUGGAGGAAGCCCGUAAAUUUCAUCUUUCACUUUAUGCAAAGGGUAGAGAAUAUCAGCUCCAGAGUGGAGAAUCUGAUGGCAUCUUCACGGAUGGUACACGGUCAACUACAAGAGCUGAAGGCGCAGAUGCAUCCAAAAAUGAAUUGCUGCGGGCCAUGGACUUAAGGCUAGCUACUUUGACAGAAGAACUGAUCACUGCUUUUGACCAAGCUGCUGGUUCUAGCUAUUCCAUCGAGGAGAUGUCUGAUAUUGGGAAGUUGUCUAAACAUUUUGGAUCAGGAGACUUGAGCGAUUCCUUAAGGAAGUAUAUAGAAUUGAGACAAGGAGCCCAGGCUGUUGAAGAUUCAAGCAGAACACAGUUGUUGGAGGAUAAAAAAGUAAGAUCAAAAGAAGGGAAUAAUCAUGCCACUAAUUCAUCGUUUUCAGAUACGCAAGUAAAAUACGGUGUCUCUCCAGCAAAAGUUGCACAGGUAGAGAGGCAAAACUCUACAGAAAGUGAUGAAUCUUCUUUCUCGAGCGAGGAAGAGCCUCCAUCCGAGGAAAGAAGUCGCACUCUCGUAAGAUCUGCUUCACCUAGGAGAUCCGCAUCUCCAAUGCGAAGGGUACAGAUUGGACGGUCUGGAUCUCGAAGGUCUACUGCCAUAACUAUCAAGAGUCUCAACUAUUUUCCUGGCAGAGAAAGAUCGUCUUUCCCAAAAGACCCUGCUGAAAAUGACGGUGAUGAAGAAGGACUUGAGCAUGUGCCUAGAAAACCAGAAAAUAAUGUGCGGAGAAUGAGUGUGCAAGAUGCAAUAAGUCUUUUUGAAAACAAACAAAAGGACCAAACAGUAGAUAUUCAGAAGGCUAGAUCAUUGUUGACUGCAUCUAUCGGUGCAAGCAAAUCUGUACUGAGAAGAUGGAGUAGCGGAAUGGGUGAAGAAGAUUCUUCACAAUCUCCCCGAGAUACUUCUGCCGAGGAUGAAGUUACAAAGAUUCAAAAUAAUGUCGAAACAGAAAUUCCAUAUAGUUCACCAGAGCCUGAGGCUGAGUGUCCUACUGAGCCCCGUGGAUCAGAUGUCAAAUUGGACUUGCAUGAAAAUGGAGCGCAUAGUCCGGUAAUUAUGCAAGAGGAGACACUUCCAACUGAAUCAACCGAUAUUAAUGACAAAUUAAUUGCUUCUUCUGAAUGGAGCCGUCAAAAGGAAGCAGAACUCAAUGAGCUUCUGAUGAAAAUGAUGGAAACUAAGCCUGUAAAAAGCCGUACUGUUGUCUCUGCAAGCAACAAAAGACAAAGCUUGCCUUCUGAGAACAGAGGCGGUUUUUACGAUGACUACAAGGAGAAGAGGGACGAGAAACUUCGGGGAGAAGCUGCUAAAAAAAGACCUGAGAAAGACAAACAAUUCAGAGCUGCGCAACAAAUUCUUGAUGUUAAGAAAUCACAACUGAUGACCUCAGCAAAUGCAAUCGACGCUGGUAAGAAACAAAUCGUGAAAAAGCUCCAGAAGCCGCAGAAGAUUGUGUCUUCUCAACCUGCAAAUCCGAAGAUAGAAAGCCCAAAACCUGCAAUUGUUAAGAAAGCCUCUCCAAAGGCAUCUUCUCUGCCCGCCACACGUAAAUCAUGGCCAUCAAUGCCAUCACCAAGAGCCACAGGGGCAUCACCUGCUAAAACCCCUGUUCCAGCAUCUUCUACCGGUCCAAAUGCAAUGCCAACUCGUAGAAGAUCACAGCCAACAACACCAGUUUCUCAUCCGAGUUCAACAAUAGACAAAUCUCAAACUCGGGUUAAGUCUGUGAAGUCGAGUCAGAGUGAUAGCAAGAAACCUAGUGCUACUGAAACAAAGCAGCAGCACUCUGUGACAAAGCCUAAGAAAACAGCCAAGAGCAAAGUUCAAUCUUUCCCUGAAGAUCUUGCUUCCUCAACAAAACCUAGUUUAUAUAACAAAGUCACCAAAAAGAGCAGUGUUGUUCCACUGGAAUCAAAGCCUUUUCUUCGCAAAGGUUCUGGAACUACAUCCGGUGUUAAUCCAGCUGUUAAGAAAAAAACAUCUUCUCCUCAGGAACCAUUGAAACUGUCUGAAGAUCUGACCAUGGCCGCUGAAAACGCAACAGUUUCUAACUCUUAUGAUAUAUUGAUAAUUGAGCAUGAAGAGAAGGAAAUUGAAGAGUUGAAAAUAGAUGCGGGUAUUGAAUCUGUGGUCUCCGCUUCAAGAAGUCCCCAUAAAUAUGAAGACAACAGAGACGAGAAUGAGGGUAAUCUCGGUAACCCCACCAUGGACGAUGUCAUUGACAAGGCGGUAGAGCCUGAAUUUAAAGGCGAGGAGGCCGAAGAAGAAGAACCCACUAUCUCACCUACAGCUUGGGUUGAAAUAGAGGAGCACGAAAAUCACACUGUUCUCUCUGGUGACCGUGGUUGUGAAAUAACGGGUUCACAAGCAUCCUAUGUAACCCCGGUUGGAGUGGCGAGUCCUCGAGUUCGUCAUUCUCUUUCGCAAAUGCUUCUUCAGGAGAUCAGCGAACAUGAUGCUGACUGGGGGAAUGCUGAAAAUCCACCACCGACGGUCUUCCAAAAAGAUGCACCCAAAGGAUUAAAGAGGCUGUUAAACUUUGCUCGAAAGAGUAAACCCGAGGCAAAUGCAUCUGGUUGGUCCAGCCCCACUGUCUUUUCUGAAGGAGAGGAUGAUGCUGAUGAAUCAAAAUUUGCGAAUAAGAGAGGUGCUGAAAAUUUGAGGAAAUCAACCCUUCAUUCAAUGAAUAACGGGAACCAGAAAAAUUCGACUAUUUACGAACACCCUGGUCAAACAAAUAUUAGCAGACUCCAUGCUCAGAGUUUAUCUCAGCAAAUUCAGGAUGGCCAUGUUUCAGCUUCCGUGACUACGACGAAAGCUACAAGGUCGUUCUUCUCUCUUUCGGCGUUUAAAGGCAACAAGUAGUAAACUGGAGCUAAGAUAACAAAACUCCGAGUUCUACAUAAAAAAUGGAAGAUUUUAAUCGGGGCAUUUUGUUCGAAGUAUAGUGCUGCUUUGGUAUUUUAUUUUCCAGAAGGCACUUCUACGAGCAAAAUGGACCGUCUUUCUGCUGCAGCAAGAGGUGUUGUAACAAGUGUAUUUUGUAGAUGUGGUGUCUGAUUUGUUCCAAUGCUUGAAUUGAUUGUAGCUUGUAAAAGAAGUGAUGAUAGAAGUUUUAGCAUUUGCACAAAUCACAACAAAUUUGUAUUUUUUUUCUAUCUUCUGUCAAUCAUUCUGUUGUAUUUGUGUCUCUUUGUUCGACUGAGAUACAAAAUUAUUUAAUGAUUCGAAUUUUGCUCGUCUUC